AUGUCGGACCGAGGCUCAACCACUAAUAUGUUGGACGGAGGUUCCGAGAUGGACUUCAUCGACCUAACUGAUAGCGAUAUUCAUUUAGAGUUGGACAAUGGGACACUUAGCCGCUGGAGAUAA